CCGUCUGCUGUUCCGAAGUUCCAAAGGUUUCAAGGAGCUAAGCUACAGUUGGCGGAAUCUACUUAGAGCUGGUCAGCAAGGCUGAGAAGCAGGGCGUUCGAUUUACAUAUCAACUGCAUUCUUUCUCCCCUCCUCAACACACCCUGGUUGCCAUGUUCCAGAAAUAACCAAUAAUCCCCCAAUAAAGCUGGUUGAAUAUCUCCAAUAUGGUUGAUGUCGACAUCGACGCGUUCCUACGACAAGGCUAUUGGCCUAACUCUAGAGCUAAAAGCCCAGAUUCAAGAUUCGCCACCUCGAGUACACCAUCAAGCCAGUCCUCUUAUGUAAAUGUGACGGCUCCGAGUAAAUUACCAUUUCACGCUCGUCGCCAGCGCGAUUAUCCUCCUCCGCCAUGUGUUGAGGAUGAGACGGCGUCGCUCGCAAAGGAAUAUAAGGCCACGGUUCCAGUUCCAGGCGAGGGACCGAUACACCGGGGGGAUAUUGACCAGCUGCCUAUCCUCCUCCCUGUGCAUGAACAUAAUCCGGAGAGGCGCUUUGUUAUAGUUUCGACCUCGUCCGAUUCUACAGGUGAUUCCUCGGGAAAUGCUAAGCAGCUACCGAGGCGACCCAAAUCUAGGGAUUCAAACCCCGAGCUCGAACCCGAACCCGAACCUACCUCUUAUGAGGCGAACACCGGUCGCAAAUAUGAUGCGCGCACGCGUCGCGAAGAAUCGCCUGAGGCCAAAUCGGACACGCGGCCAAGCCGUGAGAGACGUCGUAGCAAACUUGAACAACUACCUACUAUAACUACAGACAUUGAGCCUGAUUCUCGGAAAUCCGAUACGAGGAGAUCGAAAUCUACGACAAGAUCUGAGAAAGGCGACGAGAAUUACUUUCCCCGCCGUCAUUCUCGGCUUCAGAGUGGAAGUACGCUUUCUCCAGAUGUCAUAGAACAUGCUAGCAGAGGAAGAGACCGAGCAUACUACCAAGGGGGCUCAGAUUCUUAUUCUCAAAAUCGCAAUCGCUCAUCUCACCCUAAUGUUGAGUACGAGAAGAGUCCUCGAGAUGAUAGGAGAUAUAGAGAUAAGCCUCUCAAAUCGGCCAAGUCGACAAGCCCUACUCAUCACAAACGACACUCGACUGCGGAUAUCCCUCAACAUGUGCGGACAUCCUCAAAGGUUGCCUAUGAGAAUCCUCCGCCGUACGCCGAGCUUCGGUCGCCGAGAGCUGACGAUACUAACCGUAAACAACGUGAACGAGAUACAGCGUCUCAGGUCUCAUCUAAUUCUGAAGAGAAACCAGAAGUCCCGCCUCAUAGUAAAUAUAUCUACUCAAGUGAUGAGGACGCGUCAUAUCGAGCUCGUCCCCGCCGUCAUCGAGAAUCAGUCGUGUCUACUGACGGAAGAUCCUACCUCCAAAGCUCAGCAGAACUGAGACCUAGUAGCGAUCGAAGAUCUCGGGGCGCCUCUCCGCUUCCAUCUUCACGAACCUCCCAAGUCUAUGAGAGGGAAUCGACUUCGUCUAAUCCGCGCAGCUCUACGUUCCCAAAAGAUAUCAAAUUUUCACGAAGCGAACAUCGUUCUCACAAUUCAUUGACCCGUUCCUCUACGGGAAGAUCUGAGCUUAAACCCUCUGCUCCGAUCGUAAUUACUGCCGCUGCCGCUGCCGCUGCCGUAACUGCAACCGCUGCGGCCGUACAUUCUGGUUCCCCUACUGAUCCUCGUAGGUCAGGUAUACUUCCAUCACCUAGAGUAGGAUCCAUCCAGCAAGAUCCUCGCUCGUCCACAUCAGCAUUGUCGACGAGUCCUCAGAGACACGCACGCCAGCCGGUAGAAUCCGGUUCGCCAAGGAGCCUUGUCAGCAAAAGUUAUUAUAUGCCUCCGUAUAAAAGAUAUCUCGACGAGGUGCAAGCUGGCGAACUCCCUAAUAUGCGUGACUGCCCUCGUAGGCAACCAACUACAGGACACAUGGAUUGGCUAACACUUCCUCGUUGCGACAACUUCGACAUCUGUCCGUCAUGUUACGAAGUCACAUUUUCUCAAACCGAAUUUGCGCACCACUUUGUUCCGACACCGUUCCGCUCGACAGACCGAUAUAUCGUCUGCGACUUCGGGACUUCUCGAUACUACCAAAUCGCGUAUUUCCUAACAAGGAAAUACGGAAUGGCGGAUCUAGCCAUGUUUCGAAAUAUCGCUAACGUCACCGCUAAGAGCCAGCCGUGUUCGGGGGCGAGAGAAACCUCCCGGAUCUGGUAUUCAGUCAAAGAUCCCCGCUCAGGACACCCUGUUGAAAGCUUUACCGUCUGCUACACUUGUGCGAAGACCGUUGAGGCUUUACUUCCGAAUCUGACGGGCCUUUUCGUGCCUAUGGACUCCCCGGCUGAAGCUACAAGGGGUGUCUGUGCGAUGCAUCAAGAUAACGAACGAAGAUUUUUAUUCUAUUUCGACCUUUUAGAGGCGGCGGCCGAUAAGGCCUUAAUAACUAAGAGCACGCCGGACGUUCAGGCCUUAGCCGAUAGACUUCGCGACUUAACGGCUGUUCCCGAAUGCGCUCGCGACACCCCGGUCCAAAAUGGCAAGUGGUAUACGAUGCGGUCGAUUCCCGAUUUUACAGUCUGCGAGGAAUGCUUCGGGGAAGUGGUAUGGCCCAUGAUCCAACGCGACAGCAGCUCCAUUGCGGCCAACUUCCACAAGAACCCCCAGCUACUCCAGCUGGCCGCUUGCCAGCUAUACUCGGACCGCAUGCGCCAAAUAUUCCAAUGGGCCGUGCGGCAUAACGAUAUGAGGUAUCUGGAAUCGAAGGUCAGGGAACGCAGGAUGAAAGAUCAGGAGUACCACGCCAGGAUCGUGGGACUCGACCCGCACCGCUUCGGUGCGGAGUGGGUUGAUGCCGAGCUCGACCAGGCGGUUAGAGAGUGGCAGAGGUGGGAGUAAGGAAGAUCAUCAUAAUGAAUGGAUGGGCGCGGUCAUAUAGAUAUAGGGGGUAGGCUAGGAUGGAAUAGCAAGGCAAGGCAAGGCGGGGAGGUUAUGAGACCACGCUGCUUAUGUGUGACGAAGAUGAAUGAAACUAGAUUUAUAGUGACGAGUAAUGAGACAUGGUUAUGGCGAAUUCUUUGGUAUGAACUUUUGAUUUAAUAGG